AUGGAAAUGGUUCCCAUCAUUCCUUUUCUUUAUCUCCACAAGCUCCCCUCGCGCGCGCCGGCUCACCACCCCUCGACAUUGACGGUUCCACCGGCCCAAAACUCGGCCUCGUUGACGACGUCGAAUAUGGCAAUCCGGGCAAGGCCACCUCUCCCUCAGCCUUGGAUUUCUCUCUGCAUGGCGGUAAAUGGUGCUUCUACGGCUCAAGGCUACCUGCCUGCCCACGUCCUGCCCCAGCAACGACAAGAUACACUCUCAGCGGUUGCGAACCCAAUGCUGAUUCAGACUUCCGCGUUGCAACGAUCCAGCGUUAUUGAUCAAACCGAGACCUUCGGGCCUUAUGCAGCGGAUCCGUGGAAUCCCGCCUUGGAGCUCGCGAUGCACCUAGACAAUAUAGCAGAAAACUGGACCAGAGAAGAACGCAAGGUCAAGCGUCGUUUGGUUCAGUUCAGCUGCAAGAGAAGCGGAAACACUGUUUAUGCGAAUUUCCAGGCUGUAAAGCCUCAUGAGUGUGCUCCUAAUGGCGUUUACGUCAGUUGCAUAUAUUGGAAUGACCGCAGCCUCGAGAGCUUCAAGCCGCUCACCAUCUCGAAGGCUAAAGCCGACAGUCAAGACUUUUUUAAAGGUAAUCGUAGGGUUUCCUAUGACAAAGCCGCGAACUAUUGCGAAGAACGUCAAAGUGUUCCGUUGGAAGAUUCUCAGACCUGCGCUGAAGAAGAUUAUCUGAAAAUGCCCUACCCCCUUGGCCCGAACUACGCCACAAGCAUUAGACCGACGGUCAAUACUAAGGCAGAAUCUCAGAACGCAGCAGCAACUCAGUCGGUUUUAGGUAACCAUGUAUCAGCAACGUACGGCCCCGUUGUGGCACAUCCGGUCUAUUUUACCCCUGCUGACUACCUGACACUUCCCUCCCCGUGCUCCUCCGAGUCCCGAAUCGCGUUAUCCACUGCUACUCACCACCCUGUAGCAGCGAACAAUCUACACCCUGCAGUCUAUCAACAGCCGGACGACGCCGAUCUAACGGCUCCUGCCAGUAUUUUCGGCAGGUAGAUGCUCCCACAUACAUCCCUGUCACCAGCAGAGUUCCACGCCCUCAUUCUUAUUACGACAAUAUGGCAUCGAUGGUAUACUCUCUGCAAGAUUCUUUCCAUUAGUAUGCGAUUUUCAUCCACG